AGUGGACCAACCUACGACUUUUCACUUGAAUCUACCCAACAAACGCCCUUUUUGCAUCUACGCGUGCUUGCAUUCAAAAGCAUAUUCAAUUUUUCAUCAUACAUCCUGCCUCGCUUCUCCCUCCCUUCCCUCCCCAUCCAUCGUUUAAAUAUCAUCUUCAUAACAACAUCAGCGAAACAGCUUUCUCCAGAGAACAGUUAACAUCUUGUCAUGGCGUCCUUCAUGUCGAUGCAGUAUGAUUCAGACUCAGACUCUGCAGAAGACCUCGACUUUGAGCCAACGAGUGAACCAAGCUCUGAUGAUAAUAAUGGAUCUGAAACGGAUGAAGCAAUGGAGGAGAGUGGUGAUGAUGACGGUCAAAAGCAAGGCAGUAGUACUUCGAAGCUAACAUCGACGGAAGCGUGUUCAAGACCCUCAAAAAAGGGACGCAAAAAGAGUGCUGCGACAGAGGGUGGAAGAGGAAGAGAAGUAAAAGGAAAGGGACCAUUGACACAAACAAAGGAGCCAUCGCAAUCGAUUGCUACUACAGCAACAGAAGAUGUUACUGAGAUGUCGACAGCACAGCUCGCAGCAGCGACAGGGGCCACUCCUGCUAUUGUUGCAUCGGAAGAGGUCGUGAAAAAGAAGAAGGGUCCCAAGAAAGGAACUAAAUACAAAAAAAGGACUCCUGCUACGGGAAAGGAAGCUGGAACCAAAUCAGCAACAAAAACACCCAAGGUUCCUAAAGUAACCAAGAAGGCAGCAGCCGUAGCAGCCGCACAGGUACCACGUCCGAUAGUCGGACGAUUUGGCUUCCAAAACAAUCCGAUUGAUUUAGACCACCCGCUAGAAACAUUCAAAUGGCCCUAUUCACCUUUCACAGCAGAGUUCAAGACACAACAUCAAGCACGCGAUAAAAUGGCGAGUGAUAUUCAUCGGGCUCUCCAAGAACUAACAGAUGCAAACGGUCGAGCCACAUGGCGUUUACAGGAAUUAGAUCAUCAACUCCAAAUGAGUCGCCAAGAUUUAAAGACAAGCCUGGACGAGAUACAAUUCCGAAAAAGUCAGCUACGAGACAUGAGUAUCCUAGCCGUCGAUAUUGUAAAGAAACUGUCGUUGCCACGACCAGAGCCGCAGGAACUACUAAGGAGACAAUCGCUUCCGUCAUUACCGUCCUCUGGAGCUGGUUCUGGAAAUGAAAGUGGCCCAGGGGGUUAUGCUUCAUCGUACAAAACAAUAGCGAGUCAUUUAGAUGGCGAUCAUAUGGAUUUGGACGGCGAUAAUGAAUUUGAGAGUGGUGGCGAACAGCAGCAUAGUCAUGAAAAUACCAACCAACAAGGCCAGCAUGCCAUUCAAAGGCAGCAGCUACAUAAUCUUAAAGGAGUGAACGAGGGCAAUGUCAGAUCAUUUUUGGAGAAGAUUAGAGCGUUGGAACAGGCUCAACGCCAAGUCGUAGUCUAAGCUGCCGACUUUUUUUUUAUUUUUUUUUUUAUAUAUUUAUUUAUUUAGCC